CAGAGCCUAUGAGAAUCAAAAUUGAUCUUCUUUGCCAAAGCUUGGAAGAGCCUUGAAUGAAUCACGCAUAUUCCUGUAGAGGACACAAUUCUUGGAAUGAGAAAAUUGCCAUCAUGAGUCAACAAGGUUAUGUUGCAGCUCCUCCAUAUUCCCAAUCCCAGCCAGGAAUAGGAGGUUUUGGACCACCCAAUUCUUCUAUUCAUUAUGGACAUUAUGGGGACCCUAACUCUUCAUACUCACCUCAACCAGGUGUGUCGAAAUCAGCUGUGCCUUUUGGAUCUCCAGCUCCUGUUGGGCCUCCACCAGCUGGUGCACAGCAAUUCAGCCAGACCAGUUUCCAGAAUGGGUCUGGUACACCAGGACAGCAGCCACACAGGUUUCAAGGCCCUUCACCUCCAAGUAACACAGGACCUUCCUAUCCUCCCUUCAGUCAUCAGUCCCAAGCAGCCUUCCCGAAUACUGCACCUGCUUCCUCCACAGCACAACUUGCUGACCAGCUCAACAGCAUGCAGAUAAAUAGCUAUGGUCCUGGCACUGCUCCAAGCUCUGGUGUGUCUCCCGGGCAUCCAGCAGCUUUCCAGGGCCCACGACUGCUGCCCCCAAGCCAGCAGCAGAUGGGUUUGCCACCUGCACCACAGCUGCCUCCUCCACCAACAAACAGUAUUAAUGGCCUUGGUGCUCAGCCAGCAUUGCCUCCUAUGGCCAGGCAGGGUGGAAUCCCUGGACCUGUCCCUCCAAAUCCUAACUUGCAACACCUUCCAGGACAGCCUCCAGGACCUGGAUAUCAUCCUCAGCAAGCAAACUAUGGUCCUCAGAUGGCAGCAUCUCAACUGUCCUAUCCUGGUGCUUUUCCUGGUCCAGCACAGCUCUCGGGACCACCGCAGAAGAAGCUUGAUCCUGACUCUAUUCCAAGCCCAAUUCAAGUGAUUGAGAAUGAUAAGGCUGCCAGGGGAGGGCAGGUCUAUGCCACAAACACAAGAGGACAGGUUCCUCCCCUCGUCACCACCAACUGCGUGAUCCAGGACCAAGGCCACGCCAGCCCCCGGUUCAUCCGCUGUACCACCUACUGCUUCCCAGUGACGGCAGACAUGGCCAAGCAGGCCCGCAUCCCCCUGGCAGCCGUCAUCCAGCCCUUCGCUGCUGUCCCCCCAAACGAGACGCCUCUUUAUCUCGUAAACCACGGGGAGACCGGCCCCAUCCGGUGCAACCGCUGCAAAGCUUACAUGUGUCCCUUCAUGCAGUUCAUUGAAGGUGGCAGGAGGUACCAGUGUGGGUUUUGUAACUGUAUAAAUGAUGUCCCUCCUUUCUUCUUUCAACACCUGGACCACAUGGGCCGACGGAUAGACCACUAUGAAAGGCCUGAGCUGUCCCUGGGAUCUUACGAAUACGUGGCUACUUUGGAUUAUUGCCGAGACAAGAAGCCUCCUAAACCACCAGCUUUUAUCUUCAUGAUUGAUGUAUCAUACAGAAACAUAAAGAGUGGCCUAGUGAAACUCAUAUGUGAUGAACUGAAGACUCUGCUAGAUAAACUUCCAAGAGAAGAGCAUGAAGAAUCCUCAGCAAUUCGAGUUGGUUUUGUCACUUAUAACAAGGUCCUCCACUUCUUCAAUGUAAAAAGCAGCUUAGCUCAGCCUCAGAUGAUGGUGGUCACGGAUGUGGCAGAAGUUUUUGUUCCUUUGCUGGAUGGCUUCCUUGUUGACUUUGAGGAAUCCCGAUCAGUUGUUACCAACUUGUUGGACCAGAUUCCAGAGUUGUUCGCAGACACUAACGAGAGUGAGACCAUCUUCGCUCCAGUUAUCCAGGCUGGCAUGGAGGCACUAAAGGCUGCAGAAUGUGCUGGGAAAUUGUUCAUCUUCCACUCUUCUCUGCCAACUGCGGAAGCACCGGGGAAGCUGAAAAACAGAGAUGACAGAAAACUGCUCAAUACAGAUAAGGAAAAGACCCUCUUCCAGCCACAGGGAAAUUAUGAGGCCUUAGCCAAGGACUGUGUGACCAAUGGCUGCUGUGUGAAUUUGUUCCUCUUCCCAAAUCAGUACAUGGAUGUAGCCUCCAUGGGCCUUGUCACAAUGUACACUGGUGGAACACUGUACAAGUACAACAAUUUCCAGCUCGAAACUGACAGCCCCCAGUUCUUAAGCGACCUCAGGAAGGACAUCCAAAAAAAGAUGGGAUUUGAUGCAACAAUGAGAGUUCGGACAAGUACAGGCUUCAGGGCUACAGACUUCUUUGGGGCCAUUUACAUGAACAACACCACGGAUGUGGAGAUGGCAGCGGUUGACUGUGACAAAGCAGUGACAGUGGAGUUCAAACAUGAUGACAAACUGAAUGAAGACGCUGGGGCCUUAAUUCAGUGUGCUGUCCUGUACACUUCGAUGAGCGGGCAGAGGCGAAUCCGCAUACACAACAUUGGUCUGAAUUGCAGCUCCCAGUUAGCUGAUGUCUACAGGACUUGUGAGACUGAUGCACUUAUCAACUUCUUUGCUAAGUCAGCUUUCAAAGCCAUUCUGAGCCAGCCCCUGAAGACAGUCAGGGACAUCCUGAUGAAUCAGACUGCUCACAUGCUGGCCUGCUACAAGAAGAACUGUGCCAGCCCAGCAGCUGUCAGCCAGCUGAUCCUGCCAGACACGAUGAAGGUGCUGCCCGUGUACAUGAACUGCCUGUUGAAGAGCUGUGUGCUGGCCGGCAGGCCCGAAAUCCCCACCGAUGAGAGGGCUUUCCACCGCCAGCUGGUCAUGGCCAUGGGGGUGGCUGACACACAACUCUUCUUCUACCCCCUGCUGCUGCCAAUUCACAGCCUGGAUCUAAAGAGUGACGUGGUCCCAGCCGCUGUCCGCUGCUCCGAGGAGCGCCUCUCCGAGGGAGGGGCCUUCCUGCUGGCCAACGGGCUGAGCAUGUUCCUGUGGCUGGGAGCCAGUGUGUCCCCAGAGCUCAUCCAGGGGCUUUUCAACGUGCCAUCUUUCGCACACAUCAGCACCGAGGCCACAUCCCUGCCUAACCUGGACAAUCCAUUUUCUAAGAAACUGAAGCAUAUCCUGGAGCAAAUCCAGAGCCAAAAGCCCUACACUAUGAAGCUGAUGAUAGUGAAACAACGGGAGCAGCCAGAGAUGCUUUUCCGCCAGUUCCUAGUAGAAGACAAGAGUGUUUAUGGUGGAGCUUCGUAUGUGGAUUUCCUCGUGUGCAUUCACAAAGAGAUCAGCCAGCUGCUCAGUUAAGGCAACUCAAGUAAAUUGUUCAGUUCCUUUUUGCCUCUGCAGGAGGGACAGUUUUUGGUGCCUGAAGGCUGGCCCACAGCUCCACCAGAUCCGGGCCUUCUGCUGUGCUUUACUGACCCUUUUCUGUGCUCUUUUUGUACAGUUUCAUUUGAUCCCACCUCUCCCUGAGUAUUCUGCUUACUUCUUAAGCUGUAGAAUAGGAAGUUCUGCACUCAGGUAUUAAUCUUCUAGGAGCCGUGACUCUCUACAUGGAUUGCCAGAUUUCAGACUACCAAUGCUUAAGAGCAUAUAUGGUAUACCUUUCUUAAAAGACAAUUUAGAAAAUUCUUAAUUAUUCCUUUUGCUAGUCAUAAGUUGUAUCAGACCUGGGAAAGAUGAUCAGAAUGUGUACAGAGGAGAAAAAAAGACAAAACACUUCUUUUUCUAAGUGAGGACGUGGAGUUUAAUCAGAUUUGAAAUGAACAUGUAGUUCAAUUUGAAGGAUUUCAGAGUCCUUCCUGUGAAGCAAACCUCUGUAAAGUAAAUCCCUUUUUCCUUGGAAGGGACAAGUGUUACUAUAUACAGAAGUAGAGCUCUAGGGACCCUUCCAGAGCCAGGGUUAUCCAGGAGACAGAAAUGCCUCAGUUUUGUAACUGGACUUGAUUAAGUGUAACAACAACAGUGAUCACAGGAAGAACAGUAAUCAAACAAUCCUUUUGCCACCUUUGGCAGAUGAUGUCACACUAUUAUGGUACAAUUCUGUCCACUUGGGGGCAGCAAUUAGCUUAGCGUACUACUUAAUUACAUUUUCAAAAUUGCACAGGUUAGGCUUUAUUUAGUACAUUUGCUAACUGGAAUAUUCCCAGCACGAGGCAGAAAAACCUGUCCUUCAAAAUUUCUGUGGCAGAUCAGCUGUGAGACAGUUGACACAUUAACCAAAGGUUAUUUGUGGUGCUAUAAAGCCUCUUGUUUAAUACCAGUUCUAUUACAGUGACCUCCUCUCCCAUGGCUGAUUUAAUCAAUGGUCACUGCUUUAAAAAACUAGCCUUUGCUAAUACCAAUAUUGAAGGUAGUAUUUGGAAAGCCAGAGCCUUUGGAAUGGCUGUUUACCUCAGAUACUUGAUCAGGCUCUCUGUCUCUUUAGGACCAAUGCCUCUGAAUGUGAGGUUUGAACUUUGCCAAGCUUGAAAAGCUAUUAUUAAAUAAAUUAGUGUUUCAAAGAAAGCCAAAAAACACUCAAAAGUUAGGUUAAGCCAGUAAAGAAAAAAGUGCCUUUAAACAUGUUAGUGUCGCUACUUAUAUUAAUUAUUUAAUAUCCACAAUAAGCAGUGAAAAUGCUUAGUUUUUUGGUUCAACAGCUUAUCUAUACAGUCAUUCUUGUCAUUGACCAAGAGCUCUUGAAGUAAGUGGCUGUAUUACAAAAGGGUCCUCGGCCUGAAUUCAGCUGCCAAGACAAGCACUUUUAGACAUUACCCUGUAAAAAGUAUUUGUUGCCAUUUCAUUUGUAAAAUGACACCAGCAACAUUUGUGUAAAGAAAUAAGCAAUUAUUAAAUAUAAUCUGUGUGUGUGUUUAUUCUUUCAUACAUCCCAAGUUCUCCAAGGUUUUAUGGCCAUGGCAUCCAGCAGUGAGUACACUGUAGGUCACCUUCUCCUACUGUGAUUCUCAAGACAGGCAGCUUACAUGGCUUCAAGCAUUUUCAGUGUGUUUCUGCUGUUGUCAUCACCCAUGGCUAUGGUGAGAAGACACGAUCCAAGUGAAGGAAAGUGUCUCAAAGAGGGGCUGUUCAGAACCAAGCUCAGGUAAGCCAAAGCUGUUCAUACUGGCAGAGCUACUACAGCAGAGCUCUGGCCUGCCUGGGCAGUGUUACCUACAGUAAGACACCACAGUGGAGAAAACAGCACAUGGUGACAGCAGUCAUGACAGUGACAAGUAUCACACAGACGUACUACACGUGCAGUGUUUGGCUUCACCUUAAACUGAGGACUGGAGUAUUUAACUCAGUUUUACACAAAUUAGGCCUUUUUUUUCUCCUUUUUCAUUGCUGCAGUAAUAAUACUCAAAAUUACUUUCUGUUUCACAGAACUUGCCCACUGCUUUCUUUUCAGCCCAUGAAAUGACCCUGUUAUAAAAAGGAUUAGUGCAUUUCUCUUCCCCAUUAAGUUAACAUUGAGUCCAUUACACAGUUGCCAUUUCUGUUAAAACAAUAAAGUUGCCACCAAUUUCAGUAAUUUUCCAAGGAGAAAACACCAUUUCUACUAUAUACAGAAAGAGUGGGUUCAUUUAUCUGUCGCUUUCAGAUUACACAGUGUAUCUUUAAAAAGCCGCAGAAUUCAGAGGUUUUUUUCAAUGCAAUGGGCUUGAAAUGUUCACGUAUCCUUUUUUAGAGUACUCUCUGAAUAUUAAACACUAUAGCAGAGCAUAGAAAAACAGCUGAAAAUUCUAAAAUUAAUUCCAUUAGUUACUGCCAGUUAACUUCCAUGAUCAUCUCAAAACUGCUCAUUCAGGUUUGGAGCCUGAAUUCCACUGCUCUGAACAAAGCAUUCAGUACCUAUGAACGCAGACAAGGAACUGGUGCUGGGGAAGAACCUUAACCCCCUGAGAGCGUUGAGUCCCAGCCGGCACAGCACACCAGCAUUCCAGCCAGCUUCUUACAACCAGCACUGUCAGAGAGUGCACAGAAUUCUCCAGCUGAUGGCUGAUUCACACACAAUGAUCUACACGUGACUGGCAUCUUAAAUUCCCUCUGAAGCCAAAUGCUGACACAUCCUGAGUACCUUGUCAGUGCAGGUGUUGAAUCCUUCACUGAAUUAUCUUGGGUGCAAGAUAAUCCAAGGACUCUAAGCCUGCUCCAGAAUGGAAAGACAUGACAAGGUCUAGCCAGGCAGUGCAAAUCAGACUGGAGGCAUUAUGCAUGUAAUAAAAGUGGAAAGGAAGAAACUCA